UGGUAGCAGUGAAAAUGAAACUUUUACGAUUGAGAUUUCUAAUGACAAAAAGUAUGAAUUGCUCAAACAUAUGGUAAAAAAACGCUUAGCACCUUUAUUUGAUUCCAUUCCUUCUACUCAAAUCACCCUUCGUUCAUCCGCUAAUGGUCCGAUUUAUAAACCAAUGGUUAGAAUUUCUAAAGACUUCGCUGAUAGCCCUGAUGAAAAUGGCCUUCAUAUUUACGGUCUGUUGAAAAAUCAAGAUCAUCAAGAUUCCGAUCUCUACGUUAUCAUUCCUAAGAAUUCGACGGCCGAAAUGUUUGAUUAUUUCAAAAAUGGAACUUUUGAUCCAAAUCAAAUUCAUAUUAUCGUAAAACCAAAGGAAUAA